AUAACAAAAUUCAAAAUUUUAGUUUUACAUAGUCCGAUCUCCAAAUAAAACUUGCAAUAUGAACAAAAUUCCAUUUAAACAAAUUGUUUCAAAAUUAAACGUUUCGACCCGUACUUACAGCGAAAGUUCCAGGUACAAUUUUUUUAAAUAUUAUCCAUUAUAUUCUGCGUUAUGGAAACAAACCAAUUCUCUUGAAUAUGCGUUAGAGAAGCAGAAGGAAAUUGUUGAGAAGUUUUGUGAUGACUAUGAUCCUCGAAGAACGGAUUUCGUUAAACCAAAUUUAAUGUUAUUGGAUCGGCGCUCAAUCGUUAAAGCUUUGAAAAAGCUAACAUCUCUUGAGAAAAAAAUGGAAUAUUUGCAUAAGAACAGACAUAAGACGGAGUAGUUACAAUCGUUUGGAAAGAAAGACUAUUGGAGGUCUCUGAUACUAGUUGGAUUAUUUAAAACAUUGAAGUGUGACGAGUAUGUUAGAUUUCUUUGUCUUAAAAUAAAGUGUACUAUACAAUUGCUGUCACUAGCACACGAUAACAGACGAUCUCCUAGUCUUUUCAAGAGGAGCAUUAGCAGUGGCAAUGGCUUUUUUAACUACUGCCCAUUAAAAGUAGGUCAAGUCUGAUUAGCUCAAAGACAUUAAUAGAUUGAGUACGAUGCAAUAAUAUUUUCAACUGCGGUUGAAACGUAGUUGGCUAAAAGGAUGGAUGGAUGUCACAAUGUGAUAUAUAUGAUAUAAUAAUGGAUAAUAAUUAUGGCAAAGACAAUGCAAUAAACUUUGACUUGUUUUCAGUGAAAAUAAGUAACAACAAAAAA